GGACACCGGGGUAUAUCUGGGACUAGUGCGCUCUGGAGAUUUUGGGCGGAUUACUCGUGGCGAGAGCCGUUGCCUCCGAGGGUGACCUGGCUGUUGAAUUGUUCAAUUUCUUUUCACUCUGGGGAACUAAAACUCAAUGGCUUCGUCUUGUAAACUGGGUCGGUGGAGGAAUGUCACUGCCUGGCCAAGAAUGUCUUCAACUUUCUGGGCUGUGGUGCUACUGGCCAGCCUGCUGAUAAUUUACUGCGGUCAGUUGGCAGCGGGUACUUGUGAGAUAGUUACUCUGGACCGGGACAGCAGUCAGCCACGGCGGACCAUAGCACGACAGACGGCGAGGUGUGCCUGCAAAAAGGGUCAGAUUGCAGGCACCACGAGAGCCAGUCCGGCUUGUGUAGACGCUCGCAUUGUGAGGAGCCGGCAGUGGUGUGAUAUGAUGCCUUGCUUGGAAGACGAGGGCUGUGACCUCUUAGUAAACCAGUCGGGCUGGACCUGCACACAGCCUGGGGGCCGGGUGAAGACCACCACGGUAAGACAAGACUGCCAAGCCUCGUAA